CCUGAAUCAAGCUGUCUCAAUUCUGGACACCAAAGAAUAAGACUCACUUGCUCUCUCGCUCCUUCUCUGGUUCCCAGGUUUCAGGCGGAGUCCAGACAUGGCAGACACAGAGGAAAUUGUGGAGGACGUGCAGGAAGAAGCAGCACCUGCUGAAGAGGAAACUACAGAACAGACAGAAGAUGAGUCAAAGCCCAAGCCAAAGAUGUUUCUGCCGAACAUCGCAGCACCGAAAAUCCCAGAAGGGGAAAAAGUGGAUUUUGAUGACAUCCACAGGAAACGUCAGGAGAAAGACCUGCAGGAGCUGCAGUCUCUGAUUGAAGCCCAUUUCAUCCAGAGGAAGAAAGAUGAGGAGGAGCUCCUGGCUCUGGUCAACAGGAUUGAGAAGCGCCGAGCCGAGAGGGCGGAGCAGCAGAGGAUCCGUGCAGAGAGGGAGAAGGAGAGGCAGGCCAGGCUUGCAGAGGAGAAGGAGAGAAAGGAGCAGGAAGAACAGAGGAAGAAACAGGAUGAGGACGCGAAGAAGAAGAAGGCCCUGACUAACAUGACCCACCAGUACGGAGGCAUUCAGCAAAAGGGCGAAGGCCGCAGGGGGGCCAAAAAGCAAACUGAGAGGGAGAAGAAGAAGAAGAUUCUGGCUGAGAGAAGGAAACCUCUGAAUAUCGAUCACCUCAAUGAGGAUAAACUGAGGGAGAAGGCCACUGAGCUGUGGCAGUGGAUGAUGCAGCUGGAGGCAGAGAAGUUUGACCUCACUGAGAAACUGAAGAGACAGAAGUAUGAUGUUAAUCUCCUUCUUGCCAGGGUCCAAGACCACCAGAGUGCCAAAGGUCGUGGCAAGGGCAAGGUGUCCGGCCGGUUGAGGUAAAGGGACCACAGCGGAUGAGAAAGGCCAGCUCCAGAGAAAGGCUGACAUUUGUUUUUUUAGUUAGACAUCACUGUGUGCCAAGAGGAUACAAUAUGUUUUUGCUGGAUCAUAAUGUACAAACAAUAAACAAUUCUCUGCCCUGGCUGUGGUAAC